AUGACUUCUCCGUUGCUUGGUCCACCAGGGAUCCAAGACUCCAACUCUCCCCUCCCAACACCCAUCACAGCCUCUGGCUCCGGCGACCCAUUCAUGGACCUAAUGGUCUCAAACUUCAACAAGUCAAUCAAAGUCAACCACCUCUCUUCUCCUGCGAUGGGCCGGACCGAGAAUGGAUCCGCCACGCACCUCUCCGCAGGUAAUCCUUGCCUCGACUUCUUUUUCCACGUUGUUCCCAGCACGCCCAAGAAAUCUCUGGAGGAGCGACUCCAAGCGGCGUGGGACCACGACGCCUUGACCACUCUCAAACUUAUAUGCAACCUUCGCGGAGUCCGUGGUACCGGCAAAUCCGACAAGGAAGGCUUUUACACGGCGGCGCUAUGGCUCCAUGGCCGCCAUCCCAAAACCCUAGCCUGUAACCUCGAGUCCCUCUCGAAUUUUGGCUACUUUAAGGAUUUUCCGGAGAUUCUUUACCGGCUUCUACAAGGAUCUGAGGUCCGCAUGACCCAGAAAUCGGAAAGGAUGCAAAGAAGUACCGGUUCCCGGGGAGGAUCUAGAGGUGGAGUGGGAGUUUUCGGGGCCAGUCAGGGUGGCCGUAAAAAGAAGACGGCGGCGACGAGGGUGCUGAGGAUAGCGAACGCAGAGAUGAGGAACAAGGCGGAGAAAGCAAUAGCGAGUAUGGAUCGGAAGCUGGAGAAGAUUUCGAAAGGGAAGGAAGCCUUUAACAGAUACUCUCACGAUCCAGACUACCGAUUCCUCCACGAACGCGUCUCCGAUCUGUUCGCAGAUCACCUGAGGAGAGAUCUCGAGUUCUUGGCGUCCGGCGAAACAACCAAAAUAUCUCUGGCGGCUAAGUGGUGUCCGUCGCUAGACUCUUCGUUCGACGAGAUAACUCUUCUCUGCGAGGGCAUCGCCAGGAAAAUCUUUCCCCGUGAGUCCUUCCCGGAGUACGAAGGCGUCGAGGAAGCCCACUAUGCGUACAGAGUUCGCGAUCGGCUUCGGAAGGAGGUCCUGGUUCCUCUCCGGAGAACGUUGCAGCUCCCGGAGGUUUAUAUGGGAGCGAGAAACUGGGAGUCUCUUCCGUACAAUCGUGUAGCAUCAGUGGCGAUGAAGUCGUACAAGGAGAUUUUCUUGGACCACGACCGCGAGAGGUUUGAGAAGUACCUUGAAGAUGCGAAGUCAGGGAAAACGAAGAUUGCCGCCGGUGCUCUGCUGCCCCACGAGAUAAUCGGUGGUUUAGACGGCGGCGACGGUGGACAGGUCGCGGAGCUGCAAUGGACACGAAUGGUGGACGAUCUGAGAAAGAAAGGUUCGCUGACGAACUGCAUAGCUAUCAGCGACGUUUCCGGGUCUAUGAACGGUACUCCCAUGGAGGUUUCCGUCGCGCUGGGUGUGCUCGUCUCUGAGCUAUCGGAGGACCCGUGGAGAGGGAAGCUGAUCACUUUCAGCGAGGAGCCAAAACUGCAGUCGGUGAAAGGAGACAGUCUUAGGUCGAAGACAGAGUUCGUGAGGAAAAUGGAUUGGGGAGCGAACACUAAUUUUCAGAAAGUGUUCGACGUGAUUCUGAGAGUGGCGGUUGAAGGGAGACUGAAGCCGGAGGAGAUGGUCAAGAGGGUGUUCGUGUUCAGCGACAUGGAGUUCGACCAAGCCUCGGGUUCUUCGAAGGGAUGGGAAACGGAUUAUCAGGCGAUCGCGAGGAAGUACAGAAAGAAAGGGUACGGAGAUGUUGUGCCGGAGAUAGUGUUUUGGAAUUUGAGGCAUUCGAGGUCAACGCCGGUGACGGCAAGUGAGAAAGGCGUGGCGUUGGUGAGUGGGUUUUCCAAGAAUUUGAUCAAAAUGUUUCUGGAUAAUGAUGGAGAGAUCGAUCCCAUGAAGAUCAUGGAGGCUGUUAUAUCCGGAGCAGAGUAUAACAAGCUUGUCGUGAUUGAUUGA